CCGAGCUCUCCGCCCGCGCGAGCCUGCCUGCGCCCGCCGCGUCCUCGCCGGUCCCGCUUGGCUGAGUCGCCGUCAGACGUGGGAGCCGCGCGCUGAGCGGCGGGGACGGCGCUCGGUGAAAAGGCGCCCUCGCCGGCGCGCGGGGCCGGGGUCUGAGGGCGGCGGCGCCCCUGGCUGAGCGCGCCCCGGGAACGCGCGGUUCGGCACCCGCCGGGGCGCUCCCUAGACUACUCCGUGCGUCUCCGGGAGCCAGAGCCCCGCAGGUGCCGCCUGUCCUCGCUCUCCAGCUGCAGCUGCCCGACCAUGGAGUCCCCGGUUCAGAUCUUCCGCGGGGAGCCGGGCCCCACCUGCGCCCCGAGCACCUGCCUGCUUCCCAACGGCAGCGGCUGGCUCCCGGGCUGGGCCGAGCAGGACCGCAACAGCAGCGCGGGCUCCGAGGACGCGCCGCUGGAGCCCGCGCACAUCUCCCCGGCCAUCCCGGUCAUCAUCACGGCGGUCUACUCCGUGGUGUUCGUCGUGGGCUUAGUGGGCAACUCUCUGGUCAUGUUCGUGAUCAUCCGAUACACGAAGAUGAAGACAGCAACUAACAUUUAUAUAUUUAACCUGGCUUUGGCAGAUGCUUUAGUUACUACAAGCAUGCCCUUCCAGAGCACCGUCUAUCUCAUGAAUUCAUGGCCAUUUGGGGAUGUGCUGUGCAAGAUAGUCAUUUCCAUCGAUUACUAUAACAUGUUUACCAGCAUAUUCACCUUGACCAUGAUGAGUGUGGACCGAUACAUUGCUGUGUGCCACCCUGUCAAGGCUUUGGACUUCCGCACACCCUUGAAGGCAAAGAUCAUCAAUAUCUGUAUUUGGCUCCUGUCUUCAUCUGUUGGCAUAUCUGCAAUGGUCCUUGGAGGAACCAAAGUCAGGGAAGACAUGGAUGUCAUCGAGUGCUCCUUGCAGUUCCCAGAUGAUGAUUACUCCUGGUGGGACCUCUUCAUGAAGAUCUGUGUCUUCGUCUUUGCCUUUGUGAUCCCUGUCCUCAUCAUCAUUAUCUGCUACACCCUGAUGAUCCUGCGCUUAAAGAGUGUCCGACUCCUUUCUGGCUCCCGAGAGAAAGAUCGCAACCUCCGUCGGAUCACCAGGCUUGUCCUCGUGGUGGUGGCGGUCUUUAUCGUCUGUUGGACUCCCAUUCACAUUUUUAUCCUUGUGGAGGCUCUAGGGAGUACCUCCCACAGCACGGCUGCCCUCUCCAGCUAUUACUUCUGCAUCGCCUUAGGUUACACCAACAGCAGCCUGAACCCCAUUCUUUAUGCCUUUCUCGAUGAAAACUUCAAGCGGUGUUUCAGGGACUUCUGCUUUCCAAUUAAGAUGAGGAUGGAGCGACAGAGCACUAGUAGAGUCAGAAAUACGGUUCAGGAUCCUUCUUACAUGAGGGAUGUUGAUGGAAUAAAUAAGCCAGUAUGACUAGU